AUGGCCGAAGAUGCUGACAACAAGUCUACAGAUCUGCCAGGGGUUCGACCAUCAGGUGCGAAUGGUCUUUCAAGUUCCGUGGUUGGCCAAAGUCAGCUGGAAGGGCUGCCGAUUUUUGCGCAUCGCGAGGCAAUCUUGGAACAUGUGCGCACCUACCGGGUGACGCACAUUCAAGGUGAGACCGGAUGUGGCAAAAGCACCCAGGUUCCCAAGUACGUCAUGGAGGAUGCCAUCAAGCACGGGGAGGAGCCGAAGAUCGUCGUCACGCAGCCCCGGCGCAUGGCAGCCGUGAGCCUCGCCCGCCGCUGCGCGGCCGAGCUCGGCGAGGAGAUUGGGAAGACCGUCGGGUACAAGAUCAGUGGUGAUUCCGUCAGUGGGAAGCUCUGCUUCGCAACAACAGGCUUUCUCCUUCAGGUGCUCGUCAACCAGCCGGAGGAGUUUGGCACCUACAGCCACAUCAUCCUCGAUGAAGUGCAUGAACGAAGUGUCGAUGCUGACUUACUGACAAUGUUGCUGAGGCUGCUGAUGCAGUGCUACAUCAAGGUGAAGCUGAUCGUGAUGAGUGCGACGCUGCAAGCCGAAGUCUUUGCGCGUUACUUCGCCUCUCUGGAGGGAAGAUACUUGGACCAAGGCCCUGUCGAAGCUCUUCCGGUGAAGCCCCUGUUUGUCGGCGUUCGAACUUUUCCCGUGGAUGUGAUCUUUCUUGACGAACUGGAGGCACACUUCCAAAUCGCUGGCGGCCAAGCGCGUCAUGGGCUUGAGAUCGCCCUAGAAGGUUUCAGCAAGGGUGGCAAGGCUAAGGGGAAGAGCAAGGGAAAGAAAGGCGAUCGUGGCAUUGACGGAGCGGCUUCGGGCUUCCUCCGCUCGGAGCCGAAGCUCGUGGAGGGCUUGGACUGGGUCUGCAAGGAGCUUGUGCAGCAGAUGGCCCAGGACAAGUGCACGUUAGUGGUCUUCUUGCCGGGCAUUGCCGACAUCACGGCCUUCUACGAGACUCUCUCUCCGCUGGAGUCUCGCGAGCAAGGCAGAGGUUUGGCCUUGAGGAUCUUCGCCAUGCACUCAAUGAUACCUCGUGAGGAGCAAGAGGAAGUUUUCCGACCUCCGCCAGCCGGCACAUGCCACGUCGUGCUUGCCUCCAACGUGGCGGAGAGUUCCCUGACGCUGCCGUCGGUAUCCGGUGUCAUUGACAUGUCACUGCGGAGAUCGCUUGAAUAUGAUCCCCGCAGGCUUAUCUCAUGCUUGGUCACCACAUGGUGUUCCCAGUCUAGCUGCAAGCAGCGAUCCGGGCGAGCUGGGCGCACCAUGCCAGGUCGUGCGGUGCGCAUGGUGACCCGCGCCUUCUUCGAGGAUGAGAUGAUCGAGUUCGAUCCGCCAGACAUGCUCAGUGCUCCGCUGACGAAGCUCUUCCUGCAGGCGAAGCAGCUCUGUAUCAAGCUUAAGCACAUCCAGCAGAAGGGCAUCAUUCCCAAAGGGAUUGAUGUGCAACUCACCUCCCCUACCGUCCUGCUGAAACAGCUCGUCUCACCUCCAGCGACAGAAUUGGUCGAAGCUGCAAUCACCGAGCUCUCCGACGUGGGUGCCGUGGACAGCAAUCACGAGGAGGCCUUGAUCACACCGUUGGGACACAUUUGCAUGGCCAUACCCUGUGAGCUGCGGCUCUGCAGAUUGAUUUACUUUGGGUUGAUGCUGAACUGCGCCCCAGAUGCCAUUGCCAUGGUGGCCGCCAUUACAGCGGCAGAUCCGUUUGCGGCUCCCACGCUGCUGUUGCUGAAGGACGAGCGUGAGUACUGCCGGAAGCUGGAGCGCUCCUUUGAUGCCCGGCUACGUUGCGACGCGGGGCGUCACUCCGAGCCGCUGAUGCUGCGGGAGCUCUUCAUGCACUGGGUGGAUGCAGGAGCUCCGAGAGGGAAGGCAAUGGGACCCUUUUCAAGGACCUGGAACGUGGUCCCGAAAAAGCUCGAAGCAGUGGCGACUGAAGCCGUGGACUUGUCCACGCGACUGCUCAAGCUUCUGAAGCCCGGCACGCUGGGGCACACCUCCGUGCAGCACUUCCUGGCAACCAUGUGCUUCAAAGUGGACCCGCGCGAGGAGAUCACGACCUGCAAUUUUCCAUCAGACUCUGUGUACAGCAAGCUUUUCUGUCAAGACAUCAAGUUAAUGCGCGCGCUUUUGGCGCUCAGUUUCAGCGACCAGCUGCUUUUUCAUUUAAAGCCGCGCUGGGAUGCCAGCUGCGGCAAGAAGAGGAAGGAGGAGCAGAUGGUGGCGAGAAUGGCAGAGCAGAAGCUGGACUAUUCCGGCACUGUUUGCAUCAUGCAGCCACCCACGAAGCUUCGGGACAAGGGAGACGAGGAUGCCACCCAAGAAAAUAUACAGAGGCUUUGCCAAGCGCUUUGUGGCGAAGCAGCAAAGAGGACAUUUUGGGAUGACUGGGAGAAGGUCCUCUACCUCGAUUUCGUUGGCAAGAAGAAAGGCGGACCUGACAAAGCUCGGCAAGGGCCAGAGAACAUUCUCAACGAUGCCCUGCCUCAGGUCCACCGAUGCCACCAGUUCAGCGCGGGCCGGUGGAGAUUCAACGUGGAGUGCUUGCUUCAUGCAGGCGGAUCAGAAAGCGAGGAAGUCUUGGAGAUCGUUCGACCGAUCCAGCCGUUCCUCCUUACUUGGGACGUCCUCCAAUGCAGCGAGCGGUCCGAGGGCGAAGAGCUUAUCAAGAAGCCUGGCAAGGUGCAGGCCAUGCCAGAUUGGCGGAAUCCGCUGGGCUUCGCCUGCGAUGUGCGCCCAGAGCUCACACCAGCAAGGGAGCACCUUGCAGUGUGUGCUUCAAUCCAAGGCCUGGAGUCCGGGCAAACUGCGCUUGUGGCGGGCGUGACCGUUUUGGGAAUGAACUACUUCCCUUUCUUGCUUCCGACCUUGGAUCCGGGAAGAUGGAAGCUUCAGUGGGGCUUCAACGGACAGACCCACGAAAUCCACGCAGUUCGCUUACUGCACAUGGAGAUCCAGCUGCCACCCGAGACCAUUACCGGGGAAGUGCUUCGGAAGUCCAACAUUCUGCGCACCAAGAUCCGGGAGGCCCUUCUGCCGGCAGACGUGUCCAAAGGCGGCAAAGGCAGCAAUGCUUCCGCUUCCGUUUUCCUGAACAUCCCGGACAUGCGACGUGAGAUGGCUGAUUUUCUGGACGAGAUAUGGGACGAGCCCUACCCUGUGCGGCAAGCGAAGCGCAUAAGCUGGGGUCAUGGCGCCGAAGAUGCGUGCGAGGCUCCGGAACGUCUGCCUCAACUUCGACCGCUGGAAGACACGCUUUGUGAAGUCAACGAAGUGAGGCUGACGAAGAAGCAGAUCAAAGAGCAGAACAAGGCUCUGCUGGCAAUGCAGCAGAAGGAAGCCGCAAGACGCCCUCCGGCGGAACCACCGGAGUACGUGAAGAAGAGCGAGUUGAAGGUGGGUGAUCGGGCAUCUCUCAACGUCAAGUACGGAGAUCACAAAGGCCAGUAUGCUGUGCGCAUCGUGGGAAUCGAGGAAAAGGGCCUCAAGAUACAGCACGAGAAGGAUGGCUACGAGGAGGUCGUUAAGCAAAGAGACAUCAAGUCCGGGAAGCUCAGCAUUCAUGCCGCUUAUUGCAACUCAGAUUGCGCAUGCUUCGCGUUGAUUCUGAUCGAGUAA